GGUUGAGUUGGGCGCCAGAGCUCCGCGUGGUCAGUUGGAUAGUCGGUGUGACGGUAACAAGAAAUAAGGAUCCAUAAGCUAGGAUAUAAAGAACAAUGGCACUCUUCCGUUUUAAUCCAAAACGUUGUCUGGAAGUUCAGAAGAUAACUUCAACCGUAUUCUUGAGAUCAUUAAGCGAUACCUCCACCGAUCUAAAGAAGGUUUUGGCUGAAAAAAUUCCUCAGGAACAAGAACGCGUGAAGGCUUUCCGUAAGCAGCAUGGAGGUACUAAAGUUGGUGAAGUCACCGUGGACAUGAUGUACGGUGGCAUGCGUGGAAUUAAAGGACUCGUAUGGGAACCCUCGGUCCUGGACCCUGAAGAAGGUAUUAGAUUCCGAGGAAAAUCAAUUCCAGAGUGUCAAAAAUUGCUUCCGAAAGCUAAAGGCGGAGAGGAACCACUGCCGGAGGGUUUGUUCUGGCUUCUGAUAACCGGCGACGUACCCACCGAUGCCCAAGUGAAAGCCAUUUCUCAAGAAUGGGCAUCAAGGAGCGCACUGCCUGACCACGUGGUCAAAGCUCUGAAUAAUUUCCCAAAGACCCUUCAUCCUAUGUCUCAGUUCUCCGCUGCGAUUACAAUUUUAAACAGCGAAAGCGAAUUUGUAAAAGCGUACACGCAAGGUGUACACAAAUCUAAAUACUGGGAGACUGUUUACGAAGAUUCGAUGAAUCUGAUCGCCAAACUGCCCGUAGUCGCUGCGGCAAUUUACAGGAACAUUUACAAGGGUGGUAAAGGCUUAGGAUCAGUCGACGCGGGCAAAGAUUGGUCUUGGAACUUCGCGAACAUGCUCGGUUAUGAUAACGCUCAAUUCAUUGAGCUGAUGCGUCUGUAUCUCACGAUACACUCCGAUCACGAAGGUGGAAACGUGUCUGCACAUACCACUCACUUAGUGGGAUCAGCAUUGUCCGACCCAUACUUGUCCUUCGCGGCCGGUAUGAAUGGUCUCGCUGGCCCUCUUCACGGUCUAGCCAAUCAGGAGGUAUUAGUGUGGCUGGAGAAACUGCGCUCUCAAGUUGGAGACAGUCCCACCGACGAAAAGUUGAAGGACUUCAUUUGGAACACGCUGAAGAGCGGUCAGGUUGUUCCUGGAUACGGUCAUGCUGUAUUGAGAAAGACUGAUCCUAGAUACACAUGCCAGAGAGAAUUUGCAUUGAAACACUUGCCGGACGACAAACUAUUUAAGCUGGUUUCUCAAGUAUACAAAGUUGUUCCUCCGAUUCUGUUGGAAACUGGUAAGGUAAAGAACCCAUGGCCGAAUGUAGACGCUCAUUCGGGAGUUUUGUUACAAUACUACGGCAUGAAAGAAAUGAAUUAUUAUACCGUCCUGUUCGGAGUAUCGCGUGCUCUUGGUGUUCUCGCGUCUCUCGUUUGGGAUCGUGCCCUCGGUCUUCCGAUUGAGAGGCCUAAAUCUUUAAGCACCGAUCUCCUCAUGAAGAGCGUCAAAGGCUAAACGACAUUUCUAUUUAUGAAAAAUCAGAAUCAUUGAAAUCUUUUAAGUUUCUAAGUUCGUGUCACACCAUCAUCAUGAUUUCGGAAAUAAGGAACUGACUACUUUCUAUCAUUUACUGAGAAUAUUAUUAUUAAUUCACGGAAAUGUGUAAUCUUCUCAAACUCAUUUACGGAUUCAUAUCAAUGUGACUUCAAAGAAUUCACUAUAAUAUUGUUGAAUCUUGUUAAUAUGUGAGACUAUGUGUGUAUUAAAACAGCACAUAAUCACGUCUCAUGUAGCGAUAUAUUGCUCGAACGUAGGACGACAUUAAGAAAAAAAAAGAAGUCGUGUAUCAUGAAAUCCUUUACCUAUAUUUUAUAGUCUGUUAGUAAAACGCAGAUUUUACGUAAAUAAGGUAGAGGUUUCAUAAAACCAGCUGUGAAAAACAUAGAUCCGGUAUACAUAGUUUUAACUGCCAAGCCCUUGAAAAGAGAGAUGACACACACAUCAACAGUAGACAUGGUUCAUUGUAAAUAUAUUUGUCGCUUUAUAUUUAACUUAAAUAGUGACAAUUUUAGAAGUAAGAGCGAUACGAUCCAUUGUAAUAAAAAAGAAGUUAGUGAUAUUAAAGUAUUCAGUGCAAAAAGAUCGGUAUGUGUAGUGAGUGUUUCUAAAAAGGAGAAAGACAUUGUACAUUAAAGAGACACUGCCAAGGAUAAUAACAGAACUUGUAGAAUAUAAUUGGAAUGCGGUAUACACCUUUACUGUUCUUAUUUUAACAAAAAUGCAUUGCGUGACUAUUAGGAAAACAUAUUAAUCUCAGAAAUUGAUUGUUCUUAUUAGUAAAAUAUGUAAAGUAGAAAACGAAUAGGGCUAAUAAAAUACAUUAAGAACGUUGCAGUGUUAGCAUACCAGAUGCUGAUUUUAGAUUCUUCAAAAGCGCUAUACAAGAGCUCUUUUCCAUUGAGCUAUUUCUGUUUACACAAAUUAAUAAAGAAAGAACAAUGACCAGUGGUAGAUGCACUGUUACGAGAAUGAGUGAGUGUGUGCGAUACUUUAUUUAUAACGAACGUGAAAAUAAACAUCUUUAAAAAUGA